CUAAUCGGCCAUCAUGUCCACCGAAGUGAAGACCGUCAGCGACACGAUGAUGCUGGGCCUGUACCAACACACGGAGACACACAUGUGCAUCUGUUGACACGUGCUUUUGUGUGCUGACCAGAAAAUGAUGAGGUCGAUGGCGAGAACAGCGAGGAGGAUCGCCAGCCACAGCCGGCCGUAGCUGAUGUGCGCCCAGAUGGGAUGCGUGGCCAGCACAGAGUAUAUCAGCACCGUCAGCAGCACGACGUGCAGGAAGAGAAGCACCUGCAGAGCCCGCUGCAUGUAGCCACUCCCCUUGGCCGUGAAGAGCAGGAGAGACUCGUCUCGGUGGACCAACGAGGGCAGCCCGAAGAUGGCGUUGAUGGCACGGCUGAUGGCGUUCUGACCAGACGGAAUCACCACUGGGUCCUUCUCAACUGCCGCGUGAACGCGGUCAGCUGAUCAUGCACACACAUCCAUGGUGUGUGCAGUUGCGUGUGUGUGUGUGUGUGUGUCUCAGAUGUUCCUUACGUGUGCCCUGGUGGAUCUCCUGAGAUACGCUGACGACGUUGGGCUCGACAUAGCUGCGCUUCUUGCCGAUGUGGACGCAGAAGGUCAGCGACACCAGGAAGAGGCCCGCCAGGCAAACUGAGAGGAACACCGCCAGAUCUGUUUCGCCAAGUGACAACGCCGGCCUGUCACAGACAGAUGUGACAUGAGAGUGUGUUGUGACACUGUGUGUGGAGCCGGCUGUACUUGGCAAGGACGGCGACUGCCAGGAGCACCAUCCUGCGUGUGAGAGAGAGAGACAUGUGUGGUGUGUGCAUGUGUGCAUGUGUCUCUGUGUGUGGGUACCAUGACGUGACGGGGAUCUCCACGAGUGACGUCAGGAAGUCGAGCAGACUCACUGACAGAUACGACGCGAACGAGAAGCGAGACGGCUGUGUCGGCUUGGCGAUGAACAUGUUGUCGUUGCUGACAUGUAGAUGGACACGCACACAGAGAGACAUGACACGGCCGUCUAUCUGCUAGCGUCCCAUCGCUGACUGGCUGAUUCACGUACGUGAAGAACAGGUGCUUCGUCCCCCAGUAGCUGAUUGCCGCACUGCUCACGCCCCGCCGAGAGAGGUCGGCCAUGGUGAGUUUGUCGUAUCGGUGCCAGACGUUGGUUUGGCGGAGUGCGAGAGUGAUGAGGAGCGUCGUCAUCAGGAUGAACGUCACCAUGACCGCAAACACAAAGUAGUGCACCGACUCGAACACUGAAUACACACGUAGACAUGUCUCUCUCCCUCUCUGUCGUCUCUGUGUGACUCACGUUCGAACAUGUGUGUGAUGGCCAUUUCCUUUGGCUCGUGGUGUGACGUCAGCUCGCGGACGGCGGUGGCCUCGAUGCGGUCGAUGCCGAAGAGGCUGUCGUUGAUGGCCUUGACAAUGCCCCACCGAACCGCAGAGAACAGCAGCAACGCUAUGAAGCCCAAAAUGGUCAACUCCUGCACUCAUCCACACACACACGCACAGAGAGAGAGAGAGAGAGAGAAACCGGUGAAUGUGUGUGGUUGGACGGGCGUGUUGCGUGUCUGUGGUUACCCGUGUGGCGGCCUGAACCAUCUGGAGGAUCUGCUUGUGCUCCGGCGAGUCGAGGGAGCGUACCAGACGAUGGUGGCCAAACUCUGAUGCGCACACACACAUGCACACACACACACACAGGUUGAUUGAAUGCAUUGGUCGUGUUGUGUUUGUUUGUGUGUGCGGCUGACCGAAGACAAUGGUGAGGAACAGAAUAAGGACGGUUAAGCCGAUCACCACGGUGUUCUCGCUGAUGGUCCCUGCAGCCUGCUGCGUCGAUUGAUUGACGGUGGCAGAGGUCAUGGGGUUGAGGCUGAUGAGGAACAGCGUCAUCAGCUGCAAGAGCUCAAAACUCGUCAU